CCUCCCCUCUUAAUUACCGUUUUUUUCUUAAUCAAGGGCGACUCCGCAUUCUUCCCCAAAACCCAACAUCUUCACCGCUAAACAACGUUUCGUUCUGCGCAGUUAACUGUGCUCCAUUUGCCAUGGAUUCCAAAGAUGAAAAAAACGUUGGCAUGGACGCCGCGGUCCUCCAAGCGGACACGGCGUCGGCAGACGAGCCGCAAGUGGUGUCCAAAGAAGAGCGCACGUUGCUCUGGAAGCAGGAUGUUCGCAUCAUCACCAUUUGCGCCGGUAUCUACUUCCUGUGCUUUCUGGAUAGAGCCAACAUUGGCAAUGCAAAGAUCCUCAACAGCUCGACGCAUAAUGACAUGCAGACUGCCACCAACCUAUCGGAUCAUGACUUUGCGGUUGGUCUCAUGAUUUUCUGUCUUGCCUACACCUUGUUUGAAGUCCCGUCCAAUAUCCUGCUCAAGAAGCUGCGUCCGAGCAGGUGGCUGGCGUUCCUCAUGUUUGGCUGGGGUGUCGUGAGCAUGACUACCGCCGCCGUACGCAAUGCUCCAAGCAUUAUUGCCAUUCGAUUCCUGCUUGGCAUGUUUGAGGCUGGUCUCUUCCCUGGUCUGAUCUAUUACUUGACAUUCUGGUAUCGACACAACGAGCGAAGUGUCCGCGUUGCGUUUAUUCUCGCUUCGGCUACGCUUGCUGGUGCAUUUGGCGGUGCCAUUGCGUAUGGUAUCGGCCACAUGAACGGUGUCGCAGGCCUCGCCGGAUGGCGUUGGCUGUUCAUUCUCGAGGGUAUUCCAUCCUGUCUUGCUGCUAUUCUUGUCUUUUUCUUCCUCCCUGAUUUUCCCGAAACGUCAAAAUGGCUAAGUGACAGCGAACGUGAAAUGGCAAAGCAGCGUCUGCUCAACGAGGGCAGCAAGGGCGAUGCCCCAUCAUUGACAUGGGCCGAUGCCAAAGCGACGCUUACUGACUGGCGCUUGUAUGGACAUUAUCUCAUUUAUUUUUGCCUCAGCCCUGCUUUUGCCAGUCUGGGCUUCUUUGCGCCGUCCAUCGUCGCGGGCCUCGACUUCAAGGAUCUGACCGCUCAGCUAAUGACGGUUCCGCCAUGGGGAGUCGCAUAUGUGUGCCAGGUUCUUGUAGCCAUUUCAGCAGACCAUUUCAACGAGCGUGGCUUACACGCAGCCAUCUGCUCCUUUGUUGGCGCCAUAGGCUUUGCUCUGUCUGGAGCCUCCGCACCAACAGCAUACCACGCGAGAUAUGCUGGCCUCAUUCUGGCGACGGCUGGAUCAUUCUCUGCAAUCCCGCCUCUUCUAGGCUGGCUCACGUCCAAUGUGGUCACCACCGCCUCCAUCGGACUCGCCAUUGCCAUCAACGUCAGCUUUGGCGCUGGUGUCGGCCAAAUGCCAGGUAACUGGAUUUACAAGGGUGAUGAAAAGACCAGGGGAUACCCUACCGGUCACUGGACCAACUUUGCCUUUACGUUGCUUGUGGCUACAGGGUCUUUGCUGCUUCGAGUGUAUUACGUCGCUCAAAAUCGCAAGAUUGCCAGCGCAGCCAAGGAGCAAGGGGUUAAGCCAAGACUGUACAAGCUUUAAUCUUUAUAAGCAGCAUAAUUCAACAGUCUAAUAACGAACAUGGAAUGUAUACUGAGGAUCUCCUUUGUGCAGUAAAGGCAGUUGGUAUCAUAGUCAACUGUUAGUCGUCGUCGUUAACAUGAAGCUUUGCGCCGUGGCCAACCGAAGCGGGAUCGUGGAUCCAUUACUUUGUGCAUAUGCCGGGCACAAACUAAGGAAUAGCCUUCCAACCAGAUGGUGCACCCGAUUUCCAGGGUCUAACCAAGCGAGCAAGGCAGAGCUUGUCAGCAGCGAUGAAGCUUCCUUGGCUUGAGGGGAGUUAUCCGUUUUGGGAAAUACUGAAACGGUUUCUGGAUCAAGGCUGGGUACACUGCUGUCCUUGGAAGAGUUUAAAUGAGCAGCCUAAUAGGGAUAGAUACCAGACGAUCAGCGCGUGUCGACUUUGGCAAAAGGUCAAGCGACAGAACGUCAUCGAGAGAGUGGCAAAGGCGCGGCCAAGUUACCCAAAUAUAUUGAAGAUAUAGACCACUGGGCCGAGUUUCUCAAAUGUAUUUCCAUGUAUAUCACGUCAUUGUAGCUAUUUCAGCGCCUAUCAUUCAGAUGAUAUCCGCAGAUUGUUUGUCUGUCAACGUGCUGAUGGAGUCGAGAGCGCAUUUUGGAGGGUAAGGCAGAGUGGGGAACAACAAGAGGCUGCGGAGGAUAUGACGUCGUGUGGGUGUCAUUCCAGGGAUUCUAGCGUACUUGCGUUUGCCAAGAAGCUCCUCAUUUGCCCCCCCUCUUGUCCCAGGGCGUUGUUGUGAUGAAUGCAGAAAAUCAGAGGAGAAAGAAAAAAGCAGCCAAGCGAAGGGAAGUCGUCUUGAAAAGCUGCCAGCUGCCACAGGUGCAGAAGCGAUUCUGCCAAGUGUCAAUAUAAACCAGGCACCAACGGCGCAGGCUCGCACAAGAGUAAUGACGACACUAAAAAACAAUUCAGGGUCCAAACAGCAGCGCUGACGUAGUGGCAGCACAGCGCAGGGGUGGGGCUGCCAGAACAAAUAGCGCGUUGGCAGCGGCGGCUGGUGGUGCGUGCCCCCCU